UGUUUUCCUUUGCAGGAGGGAUUCGCUGGAGGGGCUAGAGCUGGACGUGAGCCAUGGCUGCGAAGGUGGUCGAGAGCAUUGGGAAGUUUGGCCUGGGCUUGGCCGUGGUGGGCGGAGUUGUCAAUUCUGCCCUUUACAAUGUUGAUGCAGGCCACAGAGCAGUUAUCUUUGACCGAUUCCGUGGAGUCCAGGACAUCGUGGUGGGAGAAGGUACCCACUUCCUCAUCCCCUGGGUACAGAAACCGAUCAUCUUUGACUGUCGAUCUCGCCCACGUAACAUUCCUGUCAUCACUGGCAGCAAAGAUCUACAGAACGUGAACAUCACGUUGCGUAUCUUGUUUAGACCGGUAACUGCCCAGUUACCUCGGAUUUUCACAAGUAUUGGAGAAGACUAUGAUGAGCGUGUCCUGCCUUCAAUCACAACUGAAAUCCUGAAGUCUGUUGUGGCUCGCUUUGAUGCUGGAGAAUUGAUCACGCAGAGAGAGCUGGUCUCGAGGCAAGUGAGUGAGGACCUCACAGAGCGAGCAGCAACCUUUGGCCUCAUCCUAGAUGAUGUGUCUUUGACCCACCUGACCUUUGGCAAGGAGUUCACAGAGGCAGUUGAAAUGAAGCAAGUGGCCCAACAAGAAGCAGAGAGAGCCAGAUUCAUUGUGGAAAAGGCCGAGCAGCAGAAGAAGGCAGCUGUCAUCUCUGCUGAAGGAGACUCAAAAGCAGCUGAGCUCAUUGCCAACUCGUUGGCCACUGCGGGCGAUGGCCUGAUUGAGCUGCGCAAACUGGAGGCAGCUGAAGACAUCGCUUACCAGCUCUCACGGUCCCGCAACGUCACCUACCUGCCCUCCGGACAGUCAGUGCUCCUCCAGCUGCCCCAGUGAAUGUGGCUCUGCAGCCAUAGCUAGAUCACGUCUACCUACAGAUCAGCCCAUUUGAAAAGAAUCAUUGCAAUUUCCUGAUUGGGUAAAAGAGAGGAAAUUAAAAUCCAGUCCCUUUUGAGUUAAUCAAAUAAAACUGAACAGUCUUGACAA